GUAAAAUUCUGAAGAAUUCAAAAUGUAGCCCGCGUGCAGGCCCAAGGGAGCUAUUCAAAAUGGUGAGCUAUUUUUCAUUUUUUUGUGGAGUUUAUCAGAAAUUACAUAGUUUUUUACUCACUAAAUUGUGUAAUUAUGUUUCUAGAAUGACAGGUACAAUAUUCACAGUCAAUUGGAGCAUCGUAAGUGUUGUUUUCUUCUAAAAUAGAUCUAAACAUGUCAUAUUUUAUAUCAUAAUUCACGUGGUUCAUAUGAUAGUUCAGACUGUAUAGAGUGUGAAAUAACGGAUUUAAUACAUUAUUCUGAGUAGUGUAUGGUAUGUAUUCCAUGUACAGAUGUAGAUAACUGUAUUAACUCCAGUAUUUAUAACGUUUAAGACUUUAAGUUCUGUUGAUUUUGUUCAAUUACAGUGCAGUCCAAGUAUGUAGGAACAGGACACUCAGACACAACUAAAUUGUAAGUUUUCAUUGCAAAAUUAAUUCAUGUUGUGUUGUGCUGUGUAUUGUUAAUGUGAUUGAGUCCACAAUGUCAGCACCCCAAAAGGUUGGUACCCAACCACUCACCACGAAGAUGAUUUUUGAAAAUUAUCAAGUUUCUAGAAAUGGGUCAUUCCAGAAAACAUCCAUGCCUUGAGCUCCCUCACAUAGAAAAUUGGAAGUUGACCCCUUACCCCUAUGGAUGUCGUAUCAGAAACAAAUUUUCCUCCACCUCCGGACAGCAGAAAUUUCCUCCAAGUUGGGUUGAGUGGAUCUUUUCCAUAAAUUAUGACCCAAUGUGCAACCCCCACACAAAAUAUGCACACCCCUCCCCAUGCAAAGUGUGUACCCCUUUUGUCAUUUGAGCCUGGAUCACCCUCUGGUAUUGGUGUGUGAUUAUCUUGAGUGGAUACAAGAUGGAAUAAUGCCAACAAAACGUCUGUUAUCUCUUGCAGUGAAUGGUUAGUGAACCAGCAUCGCGACAGUGCCGCAUCUUACAUUGGACAUGAAAACCUGUUGGAUUACUUUGCCUUAGCCGAGAAUGAAUCAAAAGCGAGAGUAAAAUUCACAUUACUGGAGGUAACUCCAUAACUUUGAUCAUUUCAAUAACUUCUGCUACCCAAUAGAGUGUACUGCUUAUUGCAAUCUUGCCCCAAUGGCCUUGUUUUAUAUGGUUAUUUCCUCCUGUGUCAUGCACAAUAGGUUUAAGGAUAGGUUUGUAAUUGGUCUCAAGAUCAAAGAGAAACGUCUUCGUGCACGAAACAUGGGGAUAUAACCUUCAUGUGUGUCUCCCAUGCUAAAACAGGCAAACAUGGAAACCAGGCCAUUGGGGAAAAAGUGCAAUAAACAAUCAAGUCUAUUGGGCAAAAAAAAUAUGUGGGUUUCCUAUUUCUUCUUGUAAAAACUUAGGUAGGGUAGGUCGGUUUUAAUUUUUUUUUUAAACUUUUUUUUUAAUUUUCCUAACAACUGGACGCCAUUUUGUUUAGUCAGUGCUUCCACAUCCAAAAAUAUAUUUCCCUAAAAUUGCCUCAAAUUUCCAUUUUCUACAAACAUUUUCCUCUAAGUGGAAACACUUGCAAGCAUGAUCCAAUAAAAAAGUUUAGGGUCGGGAUUUCGGCAUCCAAAAGCUAGGUAGGGUCGGGAAACCGGAAACCCACAUAUUUUUUUGUCCUUGGGAUCAAAUCAAAUAUUGAAAAAUCAUUUCUGAACUGGUACAUUGGGAACAUUUAUUAGGAUCCCCUGAAAUAUUUCUCUAACAUAAUAUGAGACUAAUGUAUUUUUCUUUUUAAAUGUUUUUAGAAAAUGUUGCAGCCAUGUGGCAAUCCUCCGGAAAGACCAGAGGAGACAUAGAUUGAUUAGGGAUAGCAUAAGAUGUUUGGAAUUAGACUGUCACUGGUACAUCUAAACGUGCUGUUUUAUGUGCUAUGUAGCACACUUUACUCUCCUCAUUCAUUUUUCUUAAACUUGCAUAUUGCCCACAACAGGUAGAUACAGGUAGAAUUCUCAGUUAUUUACUGUCGUUCCAAUUGAAGUGUUCCUCAAAUAUUGAUUCAAUACAUUACCUCGGACUGACCAAUUCAUUUGAUCAAGUUCCUCGAAAUAUUCAUACACUUCCUAGUAUAAUUGUAAACUUCCUGUUGAAUAGUUUGAAUGCACCAAUCACCUUUGUUGUCUGUGCAACUAACCAAUCAUAAAUAGAAAGGAAGUGAUCAGAAAUGAUCAAAUACUUGGAAUUGCCUCUUUCACAGGAAGUGUAUGAAUAUCUUGAGGAACUUGAUGAAAUGAAUUGGUCAGCCUGAGGUAAUGUAUUGAAUCAAUAUUUGAGGAACACUUCAAUUGGAACGACAGUAAAAAUAUGGGGAUAAAAUAAACUGCUUUACAAAAUGACAUUGAAAUAAAAACGAUGCAUGUGUAAACACUCUUAAAACAUAUAGUAGGUAUUUUUAGCGCUAAACUAAACUUACUCAAACUUGAUCAAUGUUGUUUGUGCACGGUGUUACUCUGAGUGUGCAUCCAGAGGGUGUUGAUGGGGUAUAUUGUGAGUCGUGAUUCACUCAAUUUCGGUUAUCGUCAGUCGUGAAAACACUAAAAAUUUACCCUGAAUCGUGAGGGAAAAAUACUGUUUACCGUUUCAGAACACUUUUCAAAGAUUUACCGUUAAAAUACCAAAAUUUUACCGUUAAAAUACCAAAAUUUUUACUGUUUACAGAUUUUCAGACCCCCCCCCCCAUUUAGAUCCUCCAUCCACACCUGGCAAGCUGAAAAGUUUGCCUGACCACGGUGGGAAUCGAACCCCCGACCUGUGGGAUACUAGUGUUGUUUAGUUUGUGUAAUCAUAAUAUGGGAUGAUCCGAAUACGUGACUGAGGUAACAAAUACUUCCCCAAUAG